CAUCAUCUUUAUUCCUAUUUUCCUUGCUCUGAUUGUAAGUACUUUAGAUGGUGAACUUUGCCUUUGCGUUUCACUAGCGAUUAUGGAAGUAGCAAUUGUAAGUACUUUAGAUGGUGAACUUUGCCUUUGCGUUUCACUAGCGAUUAUGGAAGUAGCAAUUGUAAGUACUUUAGAUGGUGAACUUUGUCUUUGCGUUUCGCUAGCGAUUAUAGAAGUAGCUGCUAUCAAUGCCGAAUCACGUGUGGAUUAUUCCUGCGAGUUUACGUUGCGUUGAUUGGAUCAUUGGCAAGAUCCACAUCGUCAACUGCUAACCGAUGCAAUCCAGCUUUCUAUUGAAAGUUGUUAAGGGGAAAGUUAAACGAAAAGGCAUUAGAAAUGAUAUCAGAAGACUGAGUAGAUCUUUGUCACUGCUCUAAUUGGAUGAGAGAUUCUGAAAAAAAUAAAUAAUUUCAACAUUAAUAGUCUAAUAUGGCUACGAUUGUAUUUUAUUUGAUAAAUAAUUGACUUUAAGAAACUUUAAUUCGCGACUUUGUUUUGUUUUGUAAAAAAAAAAAUCAUAAUUUUUGUUCUAGCAAAAAAAAAAAAAAUUUCGUAUCCCAGACUCCGCGACUCCAGUUUUUAUUUCUAAUGAGUUAUGCCAAUCAAGAGCCAUCAUAAAACAGAAAAACCGCCAGUGAUCGCUUAUAACCGUAGUCCAGGAACCAGAGGAUGAGAGAAUUCUGAUGAGGCUGGUUGUCCUGGCAGAAAUCUGUCACACUGUAAAAAAAAUGUAGUCUUGACCAUAUGACCUGUUAGUGUCUGUGUCACGCGGGCCGGGACAAGAAAGGAACAGACGGUUGAUUUUAUGAUGAUCUGCUUGUCUGCGCACAACUCCGCCAUUAUUGUACCCAGUGGAUAACGUCCGGUUACAGGAUAAUUCCCUAAAGUGCGCAGGCAAUAUUCCCCCCCCCCCAAAUUCACCCUUUUUGUCCCACAUGAUCAAUAAUUUAACAGUGAUUAUGAUAAAAGAUACAGGGCCAUGGAACAUAAAGAUACAUUGUCGCCUAUUUACACAAAGCAUCCUUAAAAAUUUUAUGUGAACAAUAAAUACAGUCUGCGAUUCUUCAACGUCACAAACUGAGAUUUUAAGUGAUGCAUUUUAUUUCAAGAUUCAUGGAUAGACGUCCUUAGUCGAUCUCAUGUACAACAAUGAGUUUAUUCGUAUCAAUGCUUUCAGAGCAUAAAUAUCUACACAUUUGUAUGUAGUUACCCGAUUUUUUAACUCAACGUAUUUAUUUUGCGUGGUCAGUAUAAGAUUUUUGUAAAAAUAUGAUUUGUGUUUAGGUAGCGUAAAUCUUCACCAAUCUGAUUGAAGUCCCUCCCCUUAUUAACCAUAAAUCUGUCGGUUGAAAUACUUCAUGUCGUAUGCAAUCUCCGUGGGGCAGCUAAAUAUUUCUUUACUAAGCCUGAAUUGUCUUCCUCGAUCUCUUUGAGGACAUAACUUCAUAACAACAGUGUUGUAAUAUUUGUUCUAUAAAAAUGAUUUCGUUAAUUUGAAUUCACAAACCAUUCAUUUAAAAUAACAUUAACGUCGUUUUAAUUUGUAAAUCAGAAAAUGGAUAUCCUCUCAGCACACGAUCAUGUGUUGAUAUUAUUGAAUGAAGCAACGUCAUGCAGGGUUUAAUUUUCACGACAUGUCUUCGGUUCCGUUAGUUGAUGCAUGCACCUUAAAUCAGUUUAUUAUCAUGAUUACGGAUUAGGUCUUGUCACGAUAAAGAUGAGUUAUCGCAUCCAGACGAAAAUAGGGCAGCUUGAGUGAGCUAAUAGGAAUGCGUGCCACGAUAUAACAGACAUGCGCCCCACAAUAUAACAGACAUUUUUCCUGUAUUAAGUUACAAUCACAAUGGCCAUCGAUAAUGUUGGGUUCUUAAACUAAUGAAAUUCGACCCCCUCGUUGACACUGCACAAAUUUUCGGGCUCAUUUUGUCUUUAUAUAUGAUCAGCUUAUCACGGCACUGAUAAUGUGUGAUACUCCAAAAUAUACAUUUAAAAAAAAAAAUAUAUCAUACUGCCAUCAAGCUUAAUUAAAUUGAUACACAAACAAAUCAUGAAAGUGAACAGUGUAUUUUGACAUCAGUUCAUAGACAAAAUAAAAACCAAGCCUUUCAGUUCUCAUUGAAUAAUUCGGGAAUAUCUCAUUUAAAAUCUAAUAUACAUUUAUGCAAUUGUUGUUUUUGUUAUUUCACCGAUGAAAGCAUUUGGCCGAAACGUUUAAAUCUCAGUUUUUAAAUAGUAUUAUCUGAGUAAUUGAAGCUUGUGUUAAAAGACUUUCUAAAACAUUUCUCGCCUUCAUUAUUUCACUGUGACGUGCGGGGCUUUACAUGCACUCUGUUGAUCAGUGCUCCGAAAACUUUUUUACCUCACGGCACACAUAGAGCAAUCCCAGAUUUCCGCGGCACACCUAGAGCAAUCCCAGAUUUCCGCGGCACACCUAGAGCAAUCCCAGAUUUCCGUGGCACAUCUAGAGCAAUCCCAGAUUUCCGUGGCACACCUAGAGCAAUCCCAGAUUUCCGUGGCACACCUAGAGCAAUCCCAGAUUUCCGUGGCACACCUAGAGCAAUCCCAGAUUUCCGUGGCACACCUAGAGCAAUCCCAGAUUUCCGCGGCACACCUAUUCACAUAUUUCUGAGGCACACUAUUUUUGCCGUCCCCUUGUAAGCCGUAGUUAGCCCAAAGUGCCCGCGCUCAAAUGCCCCAACCACCUUCCCACGCCACUUCCUAUUGGUAUCGGGGUUAGUUUUGUGUUGGUGUUGUUGUUAUUUGUCGGUGAUGAAAUGUUACUGAAGUGUUAAAAAAAAAAUCAACACCUAGUGCUAGUAUAACGCAGUACACGCGCGAAGAGCGUGUGAUUAAAGGCGUGGGCUAGAUAGAUGUCUUUUUACUGGUCGCUUCAGCCACCUUGAGACAUGAGAUGUUGACCAGCCAAAUUUAAACAUGCAUUUGUGCUGUUCUGUUUGGCUUCGAAAUCUUUGACAGCUUGUUACUUAGCCAAAGAUUCUCCCUUCUGGUUCAACAAAUGUAUAUUGUCUUUAAUUUUUAAUUUUUAAUUUUUUUAUUUUUUAAAAAUGCCUUUGGCUUAAUUUUGACGCGGCACACCUAGCAUCGUCUUGCGGCCCACCAGUACGCCAUUUUACACCGGCUUGCCGAGCUCGUAUGGGAGAUAAUAUUGUAGAAAUCUGUGAAAGAAAUGGGUGGAUGUCAAUGAGAAUUCUUUGCUGUAUCUCUAGAUCAACUGUGCCUUCCUGGUGAACAUCAUCCGUGUCUUGGUUGUCAAACUCAGAUGUAACAAUCGUAUGGAAUCAAGGAGAAUACGGUAACUAAGUGUCUCAUAUUCCUUCUUUCACGUAUGUCUUGGCUUAUAAAUGGCUUUAUGAUAUUGCUAUGAUAUUGCUAUGAUAUUGCUAUGAUACUGUUUAUUUAUGUUAGGUUUUCGUAUGUGCAAGGGAUAUAGAUGUGUUCCACUGAGAUAACUUAAUUUAAGUUUAAUGGAUAUUUAAAUUUCUUCUAGUUGUCAAGUCUAUAAAAUGUUGCGUGCAUAUCUUCACACUGUGAAUCACGGUGUGUUAGUGGCCUUGUGGCCUUGUGGCGACGCCAUAAAUUUUAGGAUUGUUUGUUAAAAGACAAAUAAGUUAAUUUCAUUGGCAACGCGUCAGCUAAAGGCUGAUUUUGGAGAAUGUAACUACUUCUUGUUGAAGCUUAGUUUUAAAUACUUCAUUUAUUAGGCCCUUUAAAAUGAAAUCAUCGGGUGACUUUCCUGAAUGUGUGAAAUUAUUUUUAAAAAUCUACGUCAUUGUUAUUUUAUAGUCCAGUAAAAUGAGAUCAAUUAAUUAACAUAUGACAAACUAUGUAAAAAGUUAAGGUGUAUUCCAAUUCUUUUCAAAUAUCAAGUGUUAGUGGUUUGAAAAGCGAUGUGAUUGAAAGAUUAUUCUCAAUAACACUCUGUAUCAGAAGAUCUGAUUUGAAUGACGUCAGAUACUCUCGUGAAAUUUCAUGAUAAACUUGUCGCAGGAAAUUUCAGUUAGAAUUUUUUCAACAACAAAAUAUUGGAUCCUCAUAAGCAAUCUCACAGAUGCCGCGCAGCAGUUUUGAGUACCGAGCAGCUAAUUUCCACUUAAGUGUGUGUUUGUGUCUGUAGGCUGUAAAAAUUUUAGGCACAAAAAAAAUUGAUGCUGUAAAAAUUUGCACACAACUUUGUGAUUUUGCGCACGAACCAACAAACCUUAGAGGGAACAUUGCUUAUAAGUAUCAUGCAUUUCAUGGUGAUAAAGUGGAGAUAAUCUCAUAGUAUUUGAUCAUAUCAAGCAGGUAUCUAGCAACGUAAAUGCGGUUUAUAAACACAGAAUGUGUCUGUUAGAAUCUCAUCGUAACAUAAUGUUAUGAGCUACGAGUGAAAUUUGCAUCAUUCAUUAAACUGACAUCAUUCAUUAUCCUGACAUCAUUCAUUAAACUGACGUCAUUCAUUAAACUGACAUCAUUCAUUAAACUGAUGCCAUUCAUCAAACUGACAUCAUUCAUUAAACUGACAUCAUUCAUUAAACUGACGCCAUUCAUCAAACUGACAUCAUUCAUUAAACUAACAUCAUUCAUUAUCCUGACAUCAUUCAUUAAACUGACAUCAUUCAUUAAACUGACAUCAUUCAUCAAAACUGACAUCAUUCAUUAUCCUGACAUCAUUCAUUAAACUGACAUCAUUCAUUAAACUGACAUCAUUCCUUAAACUGACGCCAUUCUUUAAACUGACAUUAUUCAUUAUCCUGAUAUCAUUCAUUAAACUGACAUCAUUCAUCAAACUGACAUCAUUCAUUAAACUAACAUCAUUUAUUAAAUUGACAUCAUUCAUUUAACUGACAUCAUUCAUUAAACGGACAUCAUUCAUUAAACUGACGUCAUUUUUCUAACCUGAAACGAAAAGCACUGACCAAAAUACUUGACCAGAUUUGUCGGAUGAGAGAGUUCGUUUAUCGAUUACUUUCAUGCCACCGAAAACUGUGUCAAAUGACGGUUAAAAAUACAACAAAACCCCUAGCUCAUCCUCUUCUCCCUCGAGGUGCUGGCGGCCGGCUUAAAGUAAACCUUUUCCAAGUCUGCACCGCCAAGCCUCCUGUAGGGAAGCCUCGUGUUCGGCGGUCUACUUGCCUGGCAUAAACGCCAAGAACAACAUAUAGUGAUCAUGCUGAGAUUUCCAAUAUCUGCCUUAGGACGGGGUCAAGAUAAUGCCAAGAAUCCACCCUGGUGGCUGCGUAUUAUCAAGAGAUCUGUGACACAAUAAACCACGGAGAACGAGGAGUCUCAGAAUUUGUAAAAAAAAAAAAAAAAAAAAAAAAAAAAAAAAAAAAAAUCAAAAAAAGCUGAGAUUUCCAAUAUCUGCCUUAGGACGGGGGCAAGAUAAAGCCAAGAAUCCACCCUGGUGGCUGCGUAUUAACAAGAGAACUGUGACACAAAAAACCACGGAGAACGAGGAGUCUCAGAAUUUGUAAAAAAAAAAAAAAAAGCAAACAAAACUACAACUAAAUCCUAUGACCGACAAGGUUCUCCGCUACCAAUUAUGUUGUAAAAAAAUGGAAAUGAUUUUGAACGUUGAAGUGGUCUCACAGUGGCUCGAAUUGAGAUGUUCGAAGAAAAAAUCCAAAAACCGAGUAUUCAUUUCAUGUUAAAAGAAAACAAUUUUAAGUUAAAAUAAAAUAUGCAACAGCACCCAGUGCACCAUUUAAAAAUAAUAAAACUAUAAAUUAAAAAAAAAAAAAUGAAAGUAGACAGUGUUCCAGCAAAGCUAAUAUUUUCGCGAUAUUUUAAAACAAACCAGCUAUAAGUGUUUAUGUGGGAUUUUUUUUAUAGAUAUAAAUUCAGAUCGAUGUAUUAAAAAUAAGAUCGUAUCAGAUCGAUGUUUUUCUAUGUUUACGAAACGUUGUACAAAUCAUUCAACGUAGCCCCCAUGACUGAGAAACACUGUCACAUGCUUAGUCUACGCUCUCGUUGGAACACAUCGCCACUUGUCUGGCGUGGCAUAGAAUGUUUGGGUCCCCAGCAACGAUUGUGUCCCAAACCCAGGGCCCAGCGUUACCCGUCGACCUUAAAUUUAUGGACAGUCCUUAGAAAUUUGACCAAAAACUAACAUGUCCAUAACAGGUUUUACCAACUUUAGGAAGUCCGUUAAAUGGCUGAAAUUGUACACAAAGCUUUUGAAGCCAAAACAGGGAGCUCUCAGCGUUGGCCAUGUCUUCCUACUUGAUUUACACUAGAACGAUCAUCAUGGGGAGACAUUUAACAAGGACGAAAAAGUCAUAUAAUAAACUAACUCUAUAUAAAAUAGGCUCUUGUCACGUGAUUAUAUGACAUAGAGUCAUAGAGACGUGACAUUGGCCCACGGAUAUUCGUAAAAAAAAUAGCGUCAUAGUGUAAAUAAAUUGACGUGAUUAAAAUAUAUCGGUAAAAAUUGUGCUGUUGAGUAAGAAUGCUUUAGAUUUUGAAAAUGUAUCCUUAAAUUUAGAUAACGUAUUUGGCAUGCCUCCCCAAAAUCCAUUCUUUCUAUUUCGUUAAUUUUUAUCCUUUUCCGAUUUUUUAAAAUCAACUUUCAUUCCUCCAGGAAAGCUAUUAAGGCCACCAUCAUACUGUUACCACUCCUAGGAGUAGCCAACCUUCUCUUUUUCGCCCAUCCUGAGGGUAAUACAACUUUGAUGAGCAUCGUCACCGUGGUCAAUGCUAUUCUCCCUGCAUGUCAGG